AUGGGUUCGGUCAAGGAGGUCCAACUCGGGGACUCCGGUGACCCGACGGCUCCGGCGGACCGGAUUGGAGAAUCCNUGNCUNUCGCNCGAGGCGCCGAGAGCUUGACACUCCCUCCUUGUCAUGAAUCGGACCCGCAGACGUCUUCUCCUCUUGGCGAGGAGCCGGUAACAUCCUUGCUCCACGACGAGGCGCCGAGGGCGUNUUCGCAGCGUGCUUCGNAGGUGGAUNNGACCACNUCGUCGCAACCUGCNNNGCAGGUGGAUCCGACCACAUCGUCGCACAACAUCGACCCGACCAUNUCNUCNCAAUACAUCGCCCCGAGCANGUCCUCNCCCCNAGCGCGUCUUCGCCCCGAGCACGUCCUCGCCCUGCAUCGAUUCGCCGGUGGAUCUGAUCACGACCUCGCCAUCAGCUUCACCGGUGGAUCCGAGGUCGUGCUNGUGACCCGCUUCGCCGGUGGAUCCGACCACGCUCUCGCAGCGUGCUUCGCAAGUGGAUCCGAUGGCGAGCUCGGCAUCUCCAAUGGCAACAAAGGGUGCGACGACGCGUCAUGA